GAAGUGUUGUUAGCUUUUAUCAAAAAUUGUGUUUUGUGUACCGGGGAGGCUUGGAGGGUGGGAGUUUCAAUCCUCAGGGGAGUGGAAGUGGUCCGAGACCUCUCAUCCAUCCCCUGGAGAAGGGUUUUCAUCUGUCUCGGCUUUCCAGCUGCUGAUUUUUCAAUCUGGUAGUCCCGAGCUGAGAACUGGCUGCGCAGAGGCGGGUUGGGCUGCUGCCCGCCCAGGGCGGUCCAGGAGGAUUUCCAGAGGGUAAUGGGGUAAUGCAAACUGGCAGGGAGCAGCUAAUGGGAUAUGAGUGGAAGCAACCAGGGUAAAAAGGGAGAGGAAGGGAGCUGGCACUGGCUCUCGUGGGGAAGGACUGGUGAAAAGCAGUGGGGAGCAGGGUGCAUAAAACCUUUGGAGGAUUCAGCCGAGGUCCGGGGCUCUAGGGGAGGAUUAUUUGCUUGUGGAGAUUGAAGAGGCUGAGGACCAGCAGCUGGGGAAGGGCUCAGCACCUCUCCAGGUGGGGUGCUGAGGGGAUGCUGCUUUAUCUCAGCAUGACUAUCAAAGGGUUAAGAAACCUCUGGAUACAAGAAGAGGAGGGGGGUGAUUUUAAGCCAGGCCAGGGGUGGGUGUGCUUUUAUAGGGGUGUGAGGGAUAGGGACACCUCCAGGAUGCUCACAAGAGGCAGCAGAGUCUGAGAUGAAAGAGCAGCUGCCAUGGCUGCUGGUUGCGGGUGCUUGCUGCUGGGGAGGGACCGUCUCCAGAGGCAAGUCCCUGAAAGGGAAGGUGAUUUGUAACUGUUUAAAGCUCUGUCUUCUGGCAUUUUCUGGUUCUCCUUUCACCCUGGCACCUGACCUUUUGUGCACAGAAACACAGAAGAUGGGAGAAAAGCUAUGUGUUAGCAGGUUACCCAGUUUUCUGUAGCUUCUGUCUAUUUCUGACUCUUUGUCAUAUUUGCUGUUUCUUCUUAUGUUUUUUGAUCAAAGAGUUUUACUCCCCUCAGGACAAUCUUCACAUCCUACCAACUGGAGGAGCUGGAAAAGGCCUUCAACGAGGCCCACUAUCCUGACGUAUAUGCUAGAGAGAUGUUGGCCAUGAAAACAGAGUUGCCAGAAGACAGGAUACAGGUUUGGUUCCAGAACCGCCGGGCCAAAUGGCGGAAGAGGGAGAAGUGCUGGGGCAGGAGCAGUGUGAUGGCUGAGUACGGGCUGUAUGGUGCCAUGGUGCGUCACUCCAUCCCGCUGCCCGAGUCCAUCCUCAAGUCUGCCAAGGAUGGCAUCAUGGAGUCCUGUGCCCCUUGGCUCCUGGGGAUGCACAAAAAGUCUCUGGAGGCAGCGGCUGAGGCGGGGAGGAAGACGGAGGUGGAGCGCCAGGCUCUGCCCAAGCUUGACAAGGGUGACAAGGAAGAGAGGGGCCCGGAUCCCAAAACCACCAUUUCCCAGGAAGAACUGAGAGAAAACAGCAUUGCUGCCCUCAGGGCCAAAGCUCAGGAGCACAGCACCAAAGUCCUGGGGACCAUCGCCGGGGACACCCCAGCCCCGGGCAGGAAGCCGGAGAUAGGGGAGGAGGCUGCAGCGAAGGAGGAUGAGAGACAGACGGAGAAGCUGAACUCGUCGCAGAAGGAGGAGAAGCUGAUCUAGGGGGGGAAGAGGAGACGGGAGCCAGCUCCGACAGACACUGUAUCCUCCGGGGGCUGCGUUCCCCCUCAGACUGCCAGGCCCCGCCGUCUGCCCCUGCCUGGGGAGUGGGGCUCCGGUCUCUGUGUUUGGGGCUGUCUCGCAGGGGUGCCCCCCACCUGCUCCCCUUGAGCAUACCCCUGCCCCUCGCUCCUCUGUGCUGCUGGGCCUUCUUCACCCCCUCAUCCCCUCACCCUCCCUUCCUUUUGGGACACCAGGAAGAGUCCCAUCAUCAUCGCCACCCGACACUGAAGCUCUGGGUCCCUCCAGCCUUGUGACCAUCCCUGGGGCUUUCUCCUCCUGCUCCAGCCCCAGACCCCAUCCACCAUCUUGGAGUGAGCCUGUCCCCUGCUGCCAUGCCCCUCCUCGGUGCACAUCUCUCUCCAGUACUGCCUGGGCCCCUUCCCCUGGCUCCCCAUCCCACCAUGCCCCAGGCAGACCCACUGCCUUCCCCUGGUCAUCACCUCCGCCUCUGGCCCAGGCUGCAGUGGGACAAGCCCAUGGCAGUGUUAGCAUGAAAUGGUGACUCUCCAUCCAGGGUGGUUUGCACCUUCCACUCAUCUCUCCCCACUUGGUGCUGGGGUCUGCUGGGAAGGGGCUGCAGCUUCAGAGUGGUUGAGUUUUGCCUCCAUUUGUCAGGCAGAGGCAGGUUUAGCCCACACCCUGGUCCCACUUGGCACCCCAGCCCAUGUUGCUGGCUCCCGCAGAGCUGGCCACCACAGCCAGGUCUGACUGCCCCAAACACCAAAGCCCUGCACCCCUGCAGAGGAGCCAAACUGAAUAUGUUUGAAUAUUUCAGGCGAGACAACAACAUCUGCCCAAUAUAUUUAUUGAACUAAAUUUGUCCAGCUCGCCCUCUGAGUGUUAAAGGGAAUGACAGCCAUGCACAUCCACCCCCGAUACACCCUGUAACAUGUACAUAUGUCUCCCAGCCAGUCCCACACAAGCACUUGCAGACCCACGCAGCCAAACCUGCUCCGUGGUACCAUCACCUUCCCAUCCUGGUAAGGCACUAUUCCUCCCCACCCCCAAAAGCUGUAGGACAGUGACUUCCAGGCAACCCUUUCUGUCCUGCUUUCAGCUGUGAGCACCCUUCCCCUGGAGCUACUGUUUUUCUUCCAUCAAAGGUUAAGCCCCUCCAUUCAGUCCCUGUUUGUCUUUGUCCCCCGGUUGUUUGACGUGUUAGAUGAUAGCCCAUGGUGUGUAAAUAAUGUAUAUACAGUGAGAAAAGAAUUCAGUAUUGAGGUGUUUGAGAUAUGGAGCUGUAACAACUUCUAGUCAUCCAGCAUCUGUGAUUUAUGUGCCAUUUUCUGUAAAGAUAUGAACAAGAAUAAAACUAAACAGGAAUACUGUGUAUGAGUCCGGUCACCGAUGUUCAAGGAUUCAGUCAAAGCAGAGAGGGGGUUGGAUGUCAGGCUGUAGUCAGAGGUGGGAGCUCCAAAGCAGCACAGAGGUCUGCACCUUCCUCCCUACCCAGGCAUGGAGAAGAUGGGGCCUGGGUGCUGCUCUCCCUUUGUGGUGAAAGACAAAGCUGAAAGGGGUGUCCUUGUACCUGGGGCAGAAGUUAGGCAUCAUGGCAUACAACUGGUCAGAGAGCAAGUCGCUUUAGCAUGCAGCACUGCCCUGGUGCUUUGGGUCACCCCAUAUCACACCCGCCCUGGUGUGCAGGAGCAGGCUGCAGGGCCAGGCCAGCCAGAGGAGCAGAGGUGGCAGCCAGACACUGCAAGCACGAGUUUGCUUGUUGAGAGAGAAGGGCACUGACAGGGAUUUCCCCCAAAGCAAGCUCUGGUUUGAGAGCAGCGGGAGCCCAUACUGAAUUAUCAGAGAAGGAGCUGAGAUUUGUCCACCUUGCUAAGGGACUCUGAGGAUGGUCUGAUGGAAAAACCUGAUUGUCUUACAGGGGAAAAAGGCUGAGGCAGAGCAGACAUGCAUAGGAAAUGAGAGACUUUGCUUGUGGAACAGGUCUGCUUGGCGUUGAUUCUGUGGAGGGGCUGUAAGCCCACAGGACUGCAUUUCCCUGGGUGGAUGGAGCCCUUGUAGGUCCUCACCUAGCUCUGGGGGCAGCUCUGCUACAAAUCAGGUGUGUGGUUUGGGAUGAAUGCACCUGAUGUCAAAUAGUGCUUGUCUCCUGUACUGGUGUCCAGCCUGUUCACCAAACAUACCAGCCCUGCAGACUAUGAGUGGUGUCACACUAUGAAGAAUGAAGAGGAGAGCUACUAACUCUCUCUUCUCUGCUGUUGAUUUCAUCGGUGUGCCUCGCUGGGAAGAACAGCCCUGCUUGCAGGGAGAGCCUUUUUCUGCUCUCUCUUGUGGCCCCUAGGAAGGGAAGGGAGCCUGGUCCAUGAAAUUAAGGAAACCUCCAAGCUCUGCCUUAAAAAGCACUACCUAUAUAGGGCUUGAAGAAAAGGAAGGCAGGGAAGCAUCUUAACUCUGCUACAGUGGGUGGUGGGAGGUCUCAGUGUGAGGAGAUGGACUGCAGUGUUUCACAUUAAACUACCACCCCCUGCUCCACCAUGGCCACCCCGUGGUACAGACCCGUCUGGAGUGUUUGUGAGGAGGCAGAGAGCCCAGCCCAGUUUGCUGGAGGGGAUAGCUCUGAUGGCCCCCUAGCAGUGAGGUGGGAUGGGAUGCGAUAUCCCCCUCCUGCAGCAGACAGCUGCAGAAGAAAAACCUUCCCUGACUUACCAGAGACAGCACAGCCUAGUGCUCUGCAGGGAACAGGCUUUAAUUCUGGGAAAGGGAUGGUCCUGUCACCCAAGGCAACCCUAACUUUUCCAGAUGAGCUGCCCCAGGCUGCCCUCAUGGCCAGUGGAGGACCAAGGCAGGGGCUGCAGUGGAGGGGUAGGGGGUUGUGGGGUGCAAAAGGGAUGGGGAUGAGUAGACGGAGGUGGGAGGGAGGUGACUAGGGGGAAAGCAGAGGUGCCUGGGGAUGCAGCACAGCCCUGGGAGAGUGGGAGUGGGAGUGGGCUGGUAGAAUCUGGCCCGGGCAUCUCAGCUCCUGUGGGGAGCACAGGCACCCGCUGUAUCUGGCUCCCAUUCAAGAGCAGCUGUCAGGACUCAGAUUAGCAUGAAGGUUAUUUUCAGUCAAAUAUUUCUACAAGCCACCCCUUUCCCCUCCCUUAAAGGGAUUGAAUUUCUUUUUCACUGUAGUGCUCUAGAAGAGAGGAGGAGAGGAACGAGGCAGGAAGAAGGGCAUCUGGGUUCCCUGUGCGGGAGAGCUGGUUUGUGUCUAGUCAGCCCCAGCUCCUACAGGGGCCCAUCUUGGCCAGGCUGGGUGUCCUGAGAGGCUGUGAGGACUUCAGGCACCCAUCUUCUCAGUGAGAGGAAGGCGCUCUGCAAUGAUGGCUAGACUGCUGGCCAGGGCUUGCUGCCCCAAAGCUCUUCCUCAGGCUUUCAGAUGCCCCCUCGGGUCAGUGGCUGCCCGAGCCUGGAGCCACGGGCCCAUCACUGCCUACAUGCCUGAAGCCGUCGCCUUCCCCAGACCCAAGGACCACCAAGGCUUGUACAAGGUGUCCGUGGAGCAGGAGGAUACCUUCUGGGGAGUGCUAGGGAGAAGCCGGCUUACCUGGAUCACCCCCUUCUACUCUGUCCAGGACUGCAACCUGCACCAGGGCAGGGUCUCCUGGUUCCUGGGUGGGCAGCUGAACGUGGCAGUGAAUUGUCUGGACCGACAUGUUCACAUAGCCCCAGACAAAGUGGCCUUAAUCUGGGAGAAGGAUGAACCCGGAGAGGAGGUGCGUGUCACGUACAGGGAACUGCUGGAGCUGACAUGCCGCCUGGGAAACACCUUGAAACGGCAAGGGGUGAAACGGGGUGACAGGGUGACAAUCUACAUGCCCCCAUGCCCACUGGCAGUGGCUAGCAUGCUGGCCUGUGCCCGCAUUGGGGCUGUGCACGCUGUGGUGUUCGCCGGGUUCAGUGCAGAGUCCCUAGCAGACAGGAUCCGGGAUGCCCAGUCAGAGACAGUGAUCACAGUGAAUCAGGGGCUGAGAGGCGGCAAGGUUAUUGAGCUAAAGAAGACAGUGGACCAGGCUGUGAAGCAGUGCCCAGGAGUGAAACGGGUUCUGGUUUCCAUGAGGACUGACAGCAAGUUUCCCAUCACAGCCCAGGACGUGCCACUGGAGGAGGAGAUGAUGAAGGAGGAUGCAUGCUGUGAGCCUGCUGCCAUGGACAGUGAAGAUAUGUUGUUCCUUCUCUACACAUCAGGCAGCACCGGCAAACCCAAGGGUCUGGUUCAUUCCCAAGCUGGUUACUUGCUGUUUGCUGCUCUCACACACAAGUAUGUGUUUGACUACCAGGACAGGGACAUCUUUGGCUGUGUGGCAGACAUCGGCUGGAUCACAGGGCACACCUAUGUGGUCUAUGGCCCACUCUGCAAUGGUGGCACCACAGUCCUUUUUGAGAGCACUCCCAUCCAUCCUAACCCAGGCCGUUACUGGGAAACGGUGGAGAGGUUAAAAAUUAACCAGUUCUAUGGGGCACCCACUGCCAUCCGCCUGCUCCUGAGAUACGGUGAUGAAUGGGUGAAGAAGUAUGACCGCUCUUCUCUCAAAGUGCUUGGCUCAGUGGGAGAGCCCAUUAACAAGGAGGCAUGGGAAUGGUACUUCCGCGUGGUCGGCGAGACACGGUGCCCAGUAGUGGAUACGUGGUGGCAAACUGAAACAGGAGGCAUCUGUAUAUCUCCCCGUCCUUCUAAUCCUGGUGCCGAAAUCCUUCCAGGCAUGGCUAUGAGACCCUUUUUUGGGAUCAGACCCUCCCUCCUGGACGACAAGGGAAAUGUCCUUCUGGAAAACAACAUCUCUGGAGCCCUUUGCAUCUCACAAGCCUGGCCAGGUAUGGCACGAACCAUUUACAAUGACCACAAGAGAUUUCUGGAGACCUAUCUGACUCCUUAUCCAGGGUUUUUCUUCACUGGGGAUGGUGCGUAUCGUACCAGUGAGGGCUACUACCAGCUGACAGGACGGCUGGAUGACAUCAUUAACAUCAGCGGACACCGGCUGGGCACUGCAGAAGUGGAGGAUGUUGUGAAUCACCACAUGGCAGUGGCGGAGUCUGCUGUCAUCGGCUACCCACAUGAGAUCAAGGGAGAAGGAGCCUAUGUGUUUGUUGUGCUGAAGAAGGACAGUGGCUACACACAGGAGACUCUUGCUGCUGAGCUACGGGAACUCAUCUCAAAGAAGAUCGCCAAGUACGCAGCUCCGGAGUACGUUCAGGUCACACACCGGCUGCCCAAGACACGCUCAGGGAAGAUUAUGCGUCGGGUGCUAAGGAAAAUCGUGGAGGACAAGGCCAGUGAGCUCGGAGACCUAACCACCCUGGAUGACCAUGAAGCUGUGCAGCAGAUCAUAGAAGGACACAAGCGCCUGGUGGAAGGGCAGAAGAGCUACUAGUUUGGCUCUGCCAGCAACCACCUCCUGCUCCUCCACUGCAGAACAGGGCCAUGCCCAGAAAUGUCACUAAGCAACUGGCAGCCAGUAAGUGCUCAGAGCCCAUACCUCCACUGCAGCCUGAGUGACCUCUCUGCAACACAGAGACCCUCAAAACCUGUCUUCACACACCUAUGGGAGGCAGAGGAGAGAAAAUGAUUCAUCAUAGGCAGAAGAGUAAGGGGAGGCAAGCUGUUUCCUCCCCUAAAAGCAGUUGGCCCUCUUGGGGCUCCUCAUGCCUUGCAGAAGCUGCGAAGGUGGCAGCAGGGCAGGAUGCCCAGCCCUGGAUAGGUGUAUCACUCCUAUCCCUGCUCU